ACGUCAGUGCGUCAGCUGGUUAAUGUUUACAUCGCAUGCAUUUUUUCGCCGUCAAGUUAGACGUUAUCGUGCAUGCAUCCAUAUAUAAUACAUACGCGUUUAUGUAAUUGAUGGACAUUGUCGGUUUGCACGAGACAACCGACGAGGCCCGAAUUCACACGACAGUGACAGGCACACCUCAGGGCGGUUCUUAGAAGCUCUUCUGCUGUCAUCAUGGGUGGAGCCGUGAGUGCGGGUGAGGACAAUGAUGAGCUGAUUGACAACCUGAAGGAGGCCCAUUACAUCCGCUCAGAUCUGGUGGAGAGGGCCUUCAGAGCCAUUGACAGAGCUGACUAUUAUCUGGAGGAGUACCGUGACAGUGCGUAUAAAGACCUGGCCUGGAGGCAUGGGAACCUCCAUCUGUCUGCUCCGUGUAUCUACUCGGAGGUGAUGGAGGCCUUGGACCUGCAGCCUGGCCUGUCUUUUCUCAAUCUGGGCAGUGGGACGGGUUACCUCAGCACCAUGGUGGGCCUUAUACUGGGUCCGUUUGGUGUGAAUCACGGUGUGGAACUGCAUGCGGAUGUGGUCGAUUAUGCAUAUCAGAAAUUUGACUACUUUAUCAAAACCAGCGACAGCUUUGACAAGUUUGAGUUCUGUGAGCCGACGUUUGUGGUAGGGAACUGUCUGGAGAUCCCUCCGGAGAGCCGGCAGUAUGACAGGGUGUACUGUGGAGCAGGAGUUCAGAAAGAGUAUGAGAACUACAUGAAGAACCUGCUAAAGGUUGGCGGGAUCUUAGUUCUCCCCCUGGAGGAGAAGUUGACCAAGAUCACCCGCACAGGUCAGAGCUCCUGGGAGACCAAGAAAAUCAUCGCUGUGACCUUUGCCCCGCUCGUCCAGCCAAAGCAGAAUGUCAAUGGCAGACCUAGGAGUGUCCCUUUACCUAUUUUUGAGGUGCGGACAUUGCAGGACCUGUCCCGGAUUGCUAUUCGCCACACUCUGCGGCAGCCCAUAGCUAUGGGGGAAGGACGCACAAAGAGACGGGUGUCUUUCCCAGGGGCCCGGGCCAUGCACCGCUAUGGGCCCCGCUUCGAACGCCGCCGCUUCUGCCGCCGUUUCUACCGCCAGUGCGUUAACUCCGUGGUUCUCCAUGACUCCAUGAUUCCCACAGCCAUGGACGACUGCAACUACCCCGGAGGAGUGGAAGAGGAAGAAGUGGAAGAGGAGGAGGAAGAGGAAAUCAGUUGCGGCAGAGUGAGAGAAGACCUGCCCGAGGAGGAUGAGGAAGGAUGCGGCGGCACCGAAGAGGAGAAAAGCAGAAUCGGCUGCGCUCGUGCAGAGCCUCCCGUUAAUAUUCUGAGGGAGAAGAUUCUAAGACUCCCGUUACCUGAACCCCUGAAGAUGUAUCUGCUGUAUUACAGGGAGAAGUGAGACGUGGCCAGAGAUAACACAUGUGGUGUAGUGCUACGACGAUUAGAUGUGAAGACAUGAAGCCUUUCUCUUCUUCCUCCUCCUUUUAGCUGGAUUAGCAUGACAAUUAAGUCCUCAAUGAAUGACAUCAUGAAAUCCAUAUCCCUUUGAGAAGCAAAGCUCUUUGAUUUACGAUGUACAGAGAUGGAACUGAAGGACUGAGCUCAUUUCCUAAAUCGCCUGUGCUCAUACAGCUCUUUUCAAUUCAGUUUUCCCUUGAUUGAGAUUAUCAAAAGUGUACGAUACGAUACAUUGUCCCUGUGGGAAAUGCUUGUAGCUGUGAGCUCUUUUAGAGUAGCAUCACUUUGGGAUGUGGCAUAGUUUGACAUGAAGGGAUUUAGUAUUUUUUUAUAGCUUUUAGGUGCGGCCACAUUUACCCUAUCUUGG